AUGGAACGAGACCGAACCCUGUCCGCAGAGCCGAAGAAGAGCGAUCCCGAAAAUGUGAAGGUGAUCGAAUGGGAAGAAUUCGAGCAAGAGCUUGUGAGGUUGUGGAGUCUUUCUUCUGCGCUCAGCGAAGCUCAGGAGAAGAAACAGAGUCUUCAGCGGAAGCUCGAAUCUCUCAUUGAGGUUGAAGCCGAGUCAUUGAGUCGAUCAAAUGAGCUUGAGGAGAUGCACCAGAAACUGGAGGCUAGAAAAAUGGUGUUGGGAAACAUGUCAAGGCAUUCUAUGCUUGCUGUGGAAGAUACUAAAAAGAAAGAGGAGCAGCUUAGUAUAGAGCUUAGGUCGCUAUUGGUUGCUGGGACGGCUCUAUCUGUUGCUAGGAAGCGGUUGGAGGAAUCAAAUCGGCUACUUUCCACAGAAAAGGGGUAUGUUCGUCUUAAAAAUUUGCAAAAGAUGCUAAGAAGGAGACAACAACAUAUGAUAUCACAAGUUUCAUUGCUCUAUCCAGUAAAGUUCACUAUGGGUCCUGCUCAAGAACAGGAACUUGAUUCAUUUCCUAACACUAGUAGAUCAGGUAAUUCUGCUCGAUUUAAACCUGCAAAUCAAGGAACAUUGACAAUUUUAGGUCUCCAUUUAACUAUGCUGCCUUUUAAAAUGAUGAGUUUUUUCACCAACAAGAAGGAGGUUCAGAAGUCUGCAACUGCCCUGGGAUAUGUCGGUCAUGCUGUCUUACUUAUAGCUUCCUACUUAAAAGUUCCAUUGCGUUAUCCAUUGCGAUUGGGUGGUUCACAUUCCUAUAUUAUUGAUUAUGGACCAUCCGUAGAGGCUACUUCAUCUGAUUUGUCAUCAAAUACAGUGGUUUCCACGGAUGUGAAGCAUGUGGAGUUCCCUCUCUUUUUAGACGGUCAAGACACAACGAGAGCGGCAUAUGCUGUAUUCUUACUAAACAAGGAUUUAGAGCAGCUUUUGAAUUACAUUGGUGUUAAGAGCUUAGGACCACGCCAUGUCCUGGCCAAUUUGAAGGAGCUUGUAAGGACCAUUCAAUCUGUAGAUUAUAUAGAUACGUGA